AUGCCUGGGAUCAUUGGUGACUCACAAUCAGCUUUUCUGGGAGGCAGGAACAUUUUGGAUGGAGUUUUGGUUGCUAAUGUUGUAGAUAGUUGGCUUAAAUCCAGAAAAUCUGGGCUGCUGUUUAAACUGGAUUUCGAAAAGGCCUUUGAUUCUGUCAACUGGGAUUUUCUUCUCUCAAUGUUAUCAAACUUUGGGUUCGGUCCCAAAUGGAAUUCAUGGAUCAAGGAAUGCGUUUCUACUUCUAGAAUUUCAAUCCUCGUAAAUGGCUCUCCAACUAAGGAAUUUAAUCCACAAAAAGAUGAUUCUCUUUUGUUCUGUGAAGCGGAGUUCUCGGAAGUCCUCACUUUGAAAAGGAUACUCAGGUGCUUUGAAGUAGUGUCAGGUCUCAAAAUCAACUAUCAUAAGAGUGUGAUUUGCGGGGUCGGUAUCCCUGGCAAUACUCUAGAGGAGUUUGCACAUCUGUUGAAUUGCAAGACCCAUAGCUUACUACUCAAGUAUCUUGGAUUGCCGCUGGGAGCUAAUCCCAAAAGAAAGAGGAUGUGGAAACCAAUUGUAGAUAAAGUCAAAAUGAGGCUUGCUGGGUGGAAAAGGAGGUUUCUCUCCCAUGCUGGGAGGUUGACUCGGGUGAAAGCAGUGCUGUCAAGUUUGCCUUAUGAUCAAUGGUUCGGGGUUCAUUGCCUCAAAGAUGCAUUCCCCAGGCUCUUUCAACUGUCCAAUAGUAAGGAAGGACUUCUCAAGGACUUUGUGUCAACCACAUCUUCCAUUUGGGUGUUUAACUUCAGAAGAGCCCUCUUCGAAUGGGAAAAGGAUGAACUUCACAGACUCAUUACCACCUUAGCUACUCCUCCUCCCUUGAAUCUAGGAAUGGAUGACAGAGCUAUGUGGGCAGCACUUCAUCCGAGCAAGUCUUUUGUUUCCACUCUUUAUAAUCAUUCUAAUCUUGCCUUGGGUAACACUGUUCCUUCUAGUGAUUUGAUUUGGCUCAAUUAUCUACCACCUAAAAUACAAUUUUUCGGUUGGCUCGCUUGGAAAAACAAGGUUAAAACUUCUGUCUUCUUACAAAGGAUUGGCGUAUUGGAUAGAUCGGCUGCCACCUCAUGCCUCUUUUGUAACUCACAGCAGGAAACUGUCCAGCAUGUUUUGAUUCACUGCCCUUUGGUGUGGAAAGUUUGGACUGGGUUAUUACAAUGGUGGGGUAUUCUCUGGGUGGUUCCUGUCUCUGUUGAAGAUCUACUGCAGUGGUGGGCAGGGUUCAUCUGCAAGAAAAAGGAGAGGAGAAUCUAG